AUGUUUCCAAGGGUACCUUCACGCUCUCCUCCUCGAUAUUGGUAUAUGUACCCUCCACGUGGGAACUCGUUGUUCAAUUCUGAACCUGGAUGCCGCCAUACCCAGCAUACCCGUGGUUCAUUGACCUUGCCAAGGCUACCUGAACUGGAUACCUUCUUCAACGAGGAUGCUGAAGCUUUUCAGUCCCGCCGCGUGCCUUCAGAAGACUCCUUACCUGAUCCAUCUAAUAUACUCAAAGAAGUGUAUAUGCCGAGGACUGUCAAUUAUGGAUUGCAAGCCGUCACUCCAGUUCCUCCUGUCGAAUUGUCAAGUGACGAAGAAUUGCAAUUCCCAGACCCGGAACCUAUUGCCCAGCCUGUUUCUAUCAAACGGGGCCGCGGUCGUCCUAAAAAGGCUCCUGUUGCUGCUUCUCAUAGUGAAAUCAUUCCGGUAGUGCCUUCAUUUACGUUUGAGCUCCUCUUGCACCUCAUAAAGCCAGACCGACCUAUCACUGGAAAACUCAAGAAAACAAAAGGCAAAGCUACGAAACAGGAACCUGAGAAGCGAGGGCCAAUCUAUGUCUCUUCAGAGACUGACUACGCUGCUUUCCUUUCUAAAAUUGCCAGUCUCGUUCCCGCUCCUGUCACUGGCCUUUCCAUUCAGUCAUUCGAGUGGCAUUUUCUUUCACCAGCGACUGGUCCUUGGCUUCCUAUUACUAUGGAGGAGGGUUAUCAGUCUAUGCUUGGUAAGUUGAGGAAAAAGCAUGCAAAGGAUGAGGCCUACGUCAUUAUUCAAAUGAAGAAACCUGUUCAAACAAUCAUCCCUGCUACUGUUGAAUCUGUGAUUGAUGAAGACGAGAGUUCCGAUGAUGACUUUCAGGGUCCUGUAGCAAAGAAGGGAAAGAUUGACGAUGAAUUAGAAGGCAUUACACAGCACCUUCAGUCACUUGAUCCAGUGGGAAAGUGCGAGUACAACCCAACCAUUUCGUGCUUUCAUUACCGUCCCGGCAACCUCCAUUUUGAACUGACUCACGGACGUCUUCUAGUCUGGGCCCGUGACAUUAGAGACAAUAAACCGGGCGUUAGCUGGACUCAAAUUCCGCUUUCAUCUGCACUAUUCCAUGCUAGUCAGGCCAUCAAGAAGACUUCUCCAAAUACUCCGUCGACAUCUGCCACUGCUCUGCCUGCCUUACCAGCAACUCCGAUAUACCCCGGUGGUUAUCCCAAUAUGCCCAUGGUGCCUUAUGGUCCAUAUCCGAUGCCAGCGCCAAUGCCGCCGCCGAUGGGAAUGUAUCCGUAUGGUGGCAUGCCUGCUAUGCAGGCAGGUGGUACUUGGACUUCACUUGCUCAUGCUGAACAAUAUUCCCCUCCAUCUGUUCAUGUAUGCUCGUCUCCACCUGCUGCGCCUGAGGGCUAUGCGUUGGCUGAUUUCUGUGCUGAGUAUGGCCUCAGUGAUGAUAUUAAGGCUGGACUUUGUCAACUGGGGUAUGAACCAGGCGAACGCUUGACUGAUGUGACACCACAAGAAUGGCACAAUGCUGGCAUCAAACCUGUUCAGCAUUCGCAGGUGAUGAGGGCUUAUAACAAGUACAAGUCUCAUGGCAAGCACAUCAGAAAGUAG